UUUAAAAGAUCUAAUCCAAAGUGAAGACGUGAAACCCAAGCUGCAGUACAUCAUGACUAACCCUUCCUUUUCUAUGGUAACAGUUCAAAGUGAAGACAGUGGAAUAACCUGGGAAACCAGCUCGAGCAGAUGUUCUACUCCCUGGGCCUCAGAAACUAGUACAACUUCUGAUCUUUACAGUAUGGAAGGUUCACCAGUAGGUUCUCCUCCAGGAAAAGUUAUCUUUAUCAUGGAUGAAGGUAAGAUUAUUCAGAAAAGGAAGCGCAAAUCUUCAAAUAGGGUGCCAAUGGCUACAAGCCUGAAGAUAAGCCAGGGCAAUAAAAAACGUGAUGCUUCUGGAGUACAGAGGCAAGAACCAAGAACUGUUCUAGGAGAUGUGCAGGCCUCCGUGUUGAAUGUUGAACAGGUGGAAGCACAAGACACAGAUGAGGAAAUGUUGGAUGACAAAGAAGAUUCAGAGAACAUCGCAGAAGAGCCAGUAAAACGUGCUCCAAUAAGAUCAAUAUUUAGAGAGAGCAGACUGAGAAAAGUAGGGCCGAUCCUUGGAGGACCAGUGCAAGCUAGAAUCCAGAUGUUCAACUCGAUUUUUGAAGGGGCUGAACCAGUACCUGAAACAUUGGAGAAAACCAGAGUCCAGAGAAGUAGCUCAUUUUCAGGAGACUCUGAACAGUUCCUUGAAACAUCAGUAAAAGAAAGACUGCAGAAGCUCAGUUCACUUUCAGAAGCAGCACACCCAAAACCUUUCCAGAGAGCAAGAAGUAGAAAUCUUGAAACACCAUCAGAGAGAAGGGAGCAAAGACCACAACCCACAGCACGUGCAAAUCAAAGCUAUUCUUCACCAACAACACCUCUUGAAAAACGAGCUACUAAUAAAGAUGAUGCUUCAUCUGAAAAUAUUAAACGCAUUAAAAUGAAAGAUAAACCAAGCAGAUUUUCAAGCUUCGGAGCAAAAACAACUCUUCAACAUGAAGAAAGGAAAGACAGACAAACUUUUUCAGAGACUCCAAAACAGGUAUCAGGACAUUCACUGAAGUCCUGCCCUCCUGAAGAAGUCAGGAAGCAGCAGAGUUUUUCACUUGCAGACAAAAUGUCAAUAACAGAGCAAACAACCUCUGUUUCACUAGAGUCCGAUGAUAAAUCAGAGAAACAAUUGCCACUUCCCUCAGCCAAAAAUGCAAACAAGAAACCCAACCAAUCCCCGCUGACAGCAUCAGAUCAUCUGGAUGAACCAAAGGAGCAGGAAAUUGAGUCUAAUUCUGCACCACAGUCUGUUUCAGCAGAUUUUGUUAAUGAAUUAGAUAGACAACGUACCCAAUCUAUUUUGUCUACAGCAUCCAUGUCAAAACAUCCUCAAAGGGAAGCACAGAUGUUGGCGGUUCAGUCUUACUUACCUAGUGCUCCAACAUCUACAUCCAAAUAUUCCACUCUAUCUGAAACAAGACAGGAAGAUGUUAUUCCUCAGUCACCAGAAACUGCACAAGCUGAGUGUGAACGUGUGCUUUUAUCACAUUCUGUAGAUGAAACAGAGAAGCAAAAAACUGAGUGUCACUCAUCAAAAACUGUACUGUCAGAAACUCAGCCUUUGGGUCUAUCUUAUUCUUCUAGAAAAAAGGAGGAUCAAAAGACCCCACCACCAGAAACCCAAAAUGUUCUCUUAGAGAAGCAAACAAAACCAGAACAAGACUUUUCUUCCUCCCUUCAGGAAACAAAGGAGCAAGGAGUUAAACUAAAUUCACCUGUUCCUGAAAAGAUGGAUUCUAAAUAUUUUGGAAUUUCAUAUCCUAUUCACACAGAAACAGAAGAAACUCAGAAAACUUCGGUUAUAAAUAAAGUGGUAGAUGUGGAUCGCCCUGAUUUUUCAAUUGAAAAAGUCAAACAAGCAGAGAGUGUGCAAAUGGAGAUGGGGCAUCCAGAUUUCUCAUAUUCCAGCAAAGAAAUUGGGGAAUCAGAGAGAACACAGAUGGAGACAGAGCAUCCAGAUUUCUCUUUUUCCAAAGAAGAAAGAGAGGAACUGGAGGGUGCACAGAUGGAGAUGGAGCAUCCAGACUUCUCUUUUUCAAGGGAAGAAAUGGAGGAACUAGAAUGUGCACAACUGGAGACAGCACAUCCAGAUUUCUCAUAUUCCAGGAAAGUAACAGAGGAAUUCGAAAGUGCAAAACUGGAGACAGAAUAUCCAGAAUUGCUUUUUUCCAUGAAAGAGAAAAAGGAAUUGGAGAGUGUCCAACUGGAAACAGAGCAUCUAGAUUUCUCAUAUUCCAAGGAAGAAACAGAGGAAUCAGGGAGUUCACAACUGGUGAAAGAGUAUCCAGAAUUUUUUUCCAGGGAAGAAACAGCAGAAUCAGAGAGUGCACAGCAGGAGAUGGAGCAUCCAGACUUUUCUUUUACCAGGGAAAAAUUAUCAGAAAGUACACAGCUGGAGAUAGAGCACCCCAAUUACUCAUAUUCUAGCAAAGAAACUGGAGAAUCCAGAAGUGUACAACCGAAGAUGGAGCACCCGGAUUUCUCAUAUUCCAGAGAAGAAAUGGUAGAAUCAGAUAGUGUACAGCUGGAGUUGGAGCAUCCAGACUUUUCUUUUUCCAGGGAAGAAGUGGAGGAAUUGGAAAGUGCACAGCUGGAGAUGGAACAUCAGGAGUUUUUAUUUUCCAAGGAAGGAACAGAAAAACAAAAAUCUGUUCCUUUUGAACUGGAACAGCCAGAGUCUUACUCCCCUGAAGAAGGAGAGCAAGAAGAAACAGCACAGCUUGCACUGGUACCUUCGGAUUUAUCAUGUUUGAUGGAAGAAGCAGAGAAAGAAAACACUACAGAAGUCCAGUUGGUCCAUCCAGAUAUAUCUGAUUCCACCAGAAGAGCUGAGACACAACAAACGGAGUAUCUGGAAACAGCAUGUUCAGAUUUACCACAUCCUAGAAAUAAAACAGAGCAGCAAGAAUUGACACAAGCAGAUUUGGACAAUUCUCUCACGUUGUAUUUUGGUGACAAAGGAGAACAGCUGCAAUGGGGUUCACAAUCUGAAGGUAAACUGUAUUCACAUGCCAAGGGAGCACAAGGAGAAACUACCCAACUGCAGUCAGACCAUCCAGUUUCGUCAUAUUCUACUGGAAAAGAACAGCAACAUAGAACCUCACAGCUGUGGGCAGAACAGCCAGAGACAUCAGAUUCCACCAGCAAAACAGAACAACGGGAAAUCUUGCAACCAAAGUUGGAACAAGCAGGUUCACCGUAUUCGCAAGGUACAGCACAAGAAGCUGUACAAAAAGACUUAGAAGGUCCAGAGACAUCACGUUUCAUUAGUGAAGCAGAGCAACAAGAAAAUGUACAACUAGCUUCAGAAAACAGGGAUUUCUCACUUACCACUGGAGAAGCAAUGCAAGAAGGAGUGGAGUCAGGAUCUUUGGGGUUCUCAUAUUUGAUUGACAGACCAAAGCCCUUGAAAAUGGCACAGAUGGAGCAGGAGCAGUUGCUUCCCUCCAGUUCCACUGCUGGUGGUCAGCAGCAGGAAAAAACACCUCUGGAUGUGGCCCAGACAAGUAUAUCCUAUUCCUUUGGCAGAAUGGAACAACCCAAUACAGUAGAAAGAGAGAUAGAAGAGCAGGAAACAGCCCAACAAAAAGCUAUGCAAAUGGAAAUGGAGUAUUCAGAUUUGUCAGAAACCUGGGGGAAGGAAGAGCCACAGGUCAUAGACCAAAUUGAUUUGUCACAGGAAGAAAUAGCUCACCCAGAAUUAGUGCAUUCAUCUUUGCCAUAUUCUUUCAGUGAACAAAUGCAAGAAGAAAUGCAAACAGAGCCAGCUUAUCCAGAGCAGACAUUUUCUGUAGGUACAGAAAUGCAGAAGGAAAUGGCACAACACGAAUCAGAGCAACCAUUUCAUUCAUGUUUUUCUGGCAAAAGAGAACAGCGAGAAAUAGUAUGUCCAGAGCUAGAGCAAACGUUUUUGCCAUCUUCCAGUGGAAAAGAAGCUCCGCUAGAAGUGGAAAUGAGUUCAGAAUAUCCAGAUUUGUCAUAUUCCUUUAAUGAAGCCGAACAACAAAAAAAAAUGAAACAUCCAACCUUACCAUUUUCUUUGAAGCAACGAGAAACUGCACCACUAGUGAUGCAACACUCAGAUUUUUCAUGCGACAGUGGUGAAGCAAAACCAGCUGAUAUCAUAGAGCAGAAGUCAGGACAUCCACGGCUCUCAUACUCCAUGGGAGAAACACAACCACAAUCAGGACAUUUGUAUUCACCAGGAACCUUGGGUGAAGCACCACAAUAUGAAAGUACAGACGUAGAACCUAAAUAUCCAAAUUUAUCAUGUUCUGAUGGCCAAAGAAACCAGCAAGAAGCUUCACAAUUGGAUUCAAAAUAUCCAGAUUUGUCAUUUUCCUUUAGUAAAGCCAAAGAACAAGCAAAUCCAGAAUUUGCGUCUAAAAAUCAAGAAUUGCCUAAAGUUACCAGAAAAAGAGCUUCUCCAGCAACCGUACAAAUAGAGUCAAAGCAUCCAGAUUUGACAUAUUCCCUUGGCAAAGCAAAUGAGCUAGAAAUUGCAACAUGGGAAAUUAAGCAUCCUGAUUUGUCACAUUCCGCUGAUGAGACAAACCGACAAAAAAUAGUACUGUUGGAUCAGAAACACAGGAAAAUUUCUGUUGGUAGAGAAAAGGAGCAGCACACCACAAAACAGGAGUUAGAGCAAGAAAAGUUACCAUAUUCUCCUGGUAAAACAGAGCAAUUAAAACAUGCUCAGGGUGACUUCAAACAACCAGAUGUAUCAUUUUCCAUUGACAGGCCAGAUGAUGAAAGGGGUCCACCAGAGGCAGAGCACACUGAUCUGAAGUAUCCUCUGGACAAUGCAGAGGUGCAAGGAAGACUGCCACAAGAAGGAGAGCAAACCUACCUGUUUGGAAAAGCAGAACAGAAAAAGGUUCAGCCAGAAAUAGAAAUUCCACAUUUGGCCUAUUCUGUGGGUACAGCAGCAGCAGAAGAAAUGGCAGAACCAGGGCAGGGACAUCCUGAUUUGCUUUAUUCUGUUUUCAAAGCAGGAGGACAGACAGCGGCACAGCUGAAACCUGAAAGCCCUGCUCUACCGGGUUCCCUUGACAAAGUGCAGGAAGUGAACCAGCUGGGGUUGGAACAGCCAGAUGUGUUGCAUAUUCUUGACAAAACAGAGCAACUCCCCCAUGCCCAGCUGGAGCUGGGCCGUACAGACUUGGCAUCCCCUGCUGACAAAGUGGAGCAGCAAGGGAUAGAGCACACAGCCUUAAGAUGCCCUGGUGAGGGACAGGCUGUCAGCAGAGCAGAGCAUCCACAAGCUGCAAAAGAGAAACUAGGAGAAAAUGGAUCAUCUCAUAGUGGAAAAGUGGAGAAAAGAGAACUGGAAGAAACAGAGCCAAAGCAUCCUGAUUUAUCAUAUUCCAUUGAUAAAACACAAACACAAGAGACAACACAGCUGGUGUUAGGAAAACCAGAUCUAUCACCUUGGCCUGGCAAAACAGAGCAAGCACAAAUUGCUCAAGAGGAGCAGCCAGGCGUCUUGCAUUCUUUCAGAAAAGCUGCACAGGGAGAGAAAGCACAGCCAGAAUUGGAACACUCACAGUUAUCUUACUCUCUUAAUGAAGCAGAACAAGAAACUGUAGAUGUGAAAUCAAACCAUUCAUAUUUAUCUGCUGGCAGAUUAGAACACCAUGACAUCAUACAAACAGAGGCAGCAAUAAUGGAUUUGUCAUGUUCAGUUCGUGGAACACGGCAGCCUCAAAUUGCUGAAGUGGAUUUGGCGUGUCCAGAUUUGUUGGAUUCCACAAGCACAGUACAGCAACAAAUAAAGAUUCAACCAGAGAAGGAACAGCCAGGUGAUUUUUCAGCAGAACACCUUGAACUGCAGUGCUCUAUGGGGAAAACAGAAGUACUGCAAAAUUCCCAAGUGAAAUCAGAAUAUGCAGAUUUGUCAUUCUCUGUUGGCACAUCAGAACCUCAUAGAACAACAGAGACAGAGUUGAAAGAAUAUGGUUUGUUGCAUUCUUUUGUCGAAACAAAGCCAUCAUGGGCUGCCUCACUGGAGUCUGAACAUCCAAACAUCUCAGAUGUCAUGGGCAAAAUACCGCACUCUGAUUUGUCGUCUUCGGUUACUGAAGAAAAACGAAUGGCACACCUGGAGGUCAGACAGGAGAGGGGAAGCUCAUUACACCCAGAGGAAACAGUGCAACUGGAAUUGGAACGGCUGAUGUUUUCAAGUUCUUGUGGCACAGCAGAGCAACCAAAUAGGGCCCCACUGGAAGGGGAAUUCCCAGACUUGUAUUCCUCUGGCAGAAAAGAGCAACAAGAAAUGGCAGAACAAGAGGUGGAACAUUCAGAUUUGUCAUAUUCCACUGAUAAAACACAGCAACAAGAAACCACACAACUUGGUUUGGGACAACCAGAUUUAUCAGCCUGCCCUGGGAGGACAGAGCAACCACAAACUGUUCAAGGGGAAGCAGAGCGUCAGGACCUGCUGCAUUUCACUGACAAAACAGAACAGCGAGGAACAGCACAACCAGAGGUUGAGCAUCCAGAUUUGUCAUAUUCCAGUGACAAAGUAGAGCAGCCACCAGAUACGCAAUGGAAAUCAGAGCAGCCUGUAACACCUCGUCCCAUUGGAAAAACAGAGGAUCAAGGAAUGGCAAAUCCAGAGCAGGAACUUCCCAUUUUAGUAUUUUCCGUAUGCAAAACACUGUCACAAGGAGCAACACAAAUGGACUUAGGGCAACAAGAUUUAACAUGUGCCUUUGGCAAAUCAGAUGAAAUGCAAACUGUGCAAUGUGAACCAGAACAUAAAGGUUCAUUGUAUUCUUCUGUCAAAAGAGAACAAGAAAUGGUGUUGCCAGAGUUGCAACAUCAGCAGUUAUCUUAUCCUGUUAGAGAACUAGAAGAAGCAGCUACACAUCAGAAAUCAAACUAUCCAGAUUUGUCAUAUUCUGUAGGUCGGCGAGAAUACUGUGAAACUGAACAACCAGAGGUGGAAGAAAUGGAUUUAUCCUAUCCCGCUGGCAAAUCAGAGCACUCACAGCCUGCCCAAGAAGUACUGCAACAGUCAGAGCUUUUGGAGUCCUUUGGUAAACUAGAGGAAAAGGGAAUGGCGCACGCUGUCUUUUUGCACUCCCUUGGUGAAGAAAAGUGGAAACCAGCUUCACAGUUAGACAUAGUGCAACCAGGUUUAUCGCAUUCGCUUGGCAAAACAGAAAAACAGGAAACUGCACAAGAAGGGUUCAUGCCUUCAGAUUUUUUGUGUUCCACAGGAAAAGCAGAACAUCUGCAGACAGAACUACUCAAAUCAAAAUGUCCAGAUUUGUCAUAUUCUCUUGGCAAAGCAGAGACUCAUGGAGUGAAACUGCCAGAUUCAUUGUACUCCUAUGGCAAAGCAGAGCAACCACAGGCUGCCCAGCUGGAGCAUUCAGAGACAUUAUAUUUAAUGGGUGAAAUGGAGCAGAGAGAUGGGGCCCAACCUGAACUGCACUCUGUUGUUGAACCAGAGCAACCAGAAACACCUUCUGUAUCGUAUACCUUUGUCAGGACCGAGGAACAGGGAACUGCACAACUGGACUUUGAACAGUCAGAUUUAUUAAGUUCUGCUGACAAAGCAGAAAAGCAUAAAGUGGCCUUGCUGAGAGCAGAACAUUCAGAGAAGCAAGACACUGGGGCUACUCUAAGUGCUCAGUUGGAAACUGAACAACAAGAUUUAUCCUUUUGCACUGAGGAAGCAGAGAGCCAAAAAGUUCAACCAUAUUUGUCUCCUACUGAACAAACAGUGUCUGUACCUUUGGGUGUUUCACAUUCUGUCUCUGAAACAAAACCAGAAGGAAAUCUCAGGUCUUCACCUGUAAUUGGAGUCCUGUCCCCCAAGCACUUAGAUUUAUCUUACACCCACUGUAAAACAGAGCAGUCAGAAAUUGCCCAGCCCGAGUCAGAUUUCUUCCUUGCAAGAAAAGACACAGAGAAUACAGAAAUUAACCUACCUUUGCCUGUGGCUGCACAGUCAGAGGCUGAACAUGUAAUUUUACCUGAAACAGACAAAGAACAGACUCCACAUUACUUCCAUACAGCUAUGCAAUUAGAACCUGAAAAAUUAAAUUUAUCAUAUUCUACAGAUAAAACAGAAACUCUAGAAAGUCAACAUUAUUUAACUGUACCUUCAAAACUGGAGUCUGAACCUUCAGUUACAUUUUAUUCAGCUGAUGAAACAUGUCAGCAAGAAAUUCUACCUUGUUCAAAACCAGUGUCUGAGUAUUUGGUUCCCACAUGGUCCCUUGCUGAACAAGAAAUGCAAAGCAUGCAGCCACUUACUCCCCAGUUUGCACAAUCAGAGUGUAAACAUGUAAUUCUACCGCAUGAUGAAAAAGGAUUGCAAAAAAUUCAGCUCUAUUCACCUAAAACAGCAAGCCUGAAGACAGUACAGUUGGAGAGUGCAUCUCUAAUGCACAAACAAGACCAAGACAAGAAAGAAUCUCAAGAUUGUUUGUUGGACACAAAAUAUUUGUCAUCAGAGCAGCUAAGAAGUCCUCCCAAAUUCACUACUGAGCAGGCUAAGCAAGAAAUGCGACCCGAUAUGCUGACAGUGGCAAGGUCAGUGACCACAGAUUCAAAGGUGUCUGCUGUAGCAGAACCGCAAGCAGUGUCAUCAAAUUCAUUUGUCCCUUCUCAUACAUUACCUGAAAAGUCCAUAUCAGUGGCUUUCACUGAUGAUGAAGAGAAGCAAAAUAUUCAAUCAUCCUUAUCUGACAUAGUAGGCAUGCUUGGAAAGCAAUCUAACAUAGUUCAAGGCAUUUAUGCUGAAGGAGAGUCUAGACGUGAAAUGCGACCGUAUUUUGCAGACCAAACACAUACAUCCUUAGAGCAUCUGGGAGCUGUUUCCUCAGAUCUUGUUCAUGAAACUGUGACACAAAAAGCUCAGCAUUUUUCUGGUGAACAGGGCAGACUUUUCUCAUCAGAGAUGAAAUCUGUGAGCUUUAGUUAUAAUGAAAAGCAGAAUCCAGAUAUUCCAUCUUUUGGGCUAGCUAGCUGGCUGGCAGAAGAGGUGAAAGCUCACUCAAUUAGUCCAAUAAGAGCUACAGAAGUAGACAGGCAAGGAAUUCAGCUUUCUCCAAAUGAAGCUUCUGAUUCUGGAUCCAAAAAAAUCCCAGCUGGAAGUUGCACAGAACUUACAGUUCAUGGUGCUACAAAGAAUAAAGGACAUGAGUAUAGAGUUUCUGAUUCAGUGGCAAGUGAAAUUUCCCAUAAAGUGUCCUCAGACACUAGUUACAGAGCACAAAGGUAUGAUUUACUGUCUCUGGAAGGAGAUAAUCCAGGUCCACACAAAGUUCCAGACCGUGAAACUAGCAUUGGAAACCCUACAAAAAUGGAAGCAAUGCAACAUCCAGAGGUAGACAAAAUGUCUGAACAUUACCUGAGAGGAGAAGAGGAAGAACUGGAGCAUGUGAGUGCUGUAGAAGAUAUUCAGCAUGCUCCAGAGCCUACUGAACAAAAAGAUCUAUUUAACAUCAUUUCAGAAGGUUAUGAAAUACUCAAUAUUCAUGCCCCUACACAUAUUUCUUCUGUUGAUCAAGAAGAAAGUAAGCACAUGCCAGAUAAACUAGAAUACUUGGAAACAAAUCCUUCAUUUAAAAGAAAAUUAGCUGAUGAUGGCCGUAGUGCCCUAGCUUCUAGAACAAGCACAGAAAUUUCAGAAGGCUCAGUGUUGGGUAAGUCUGCAAGCCAUGAACUAAAGGAAUUGGUCAAAAAUGAUGAUGUUGAGGAAACUAGAGAAACACAACAAGAAGGUCUUGUGUUGCCAGAAAACAAUAAUAAUGCAAUGUUGGAUCCUAAUAAUGGUAUGGCUGAUGUGGAUUACUUUGAAAAAUAUACACUGAUUGAUGACAAAUCCCCAAUUAAGCCACAUUUUGAAAGACCAAGUUCAUUGUUUCCUGUGACAGAAGAUCCCAACGAACCUGUGGAAGAAGCUACAUCUUCUAAAGAAAGUGCUGAGGUAGAUACUUUGGAAGAGGAGUUUUCUUUACUUGAGGACUUGGAUGAAGUCUUUUAUGGUACUGUGAAAGGGGAAAGCAAAAUUCAGUCCUAUGCAGAUGCUCCAAAGCAUUUACCUCUGCAGAAAUCAAUUGAUAUUAGCAGUAAAAAAGUUACAAAUGUAGAAUAUGAACGGAAGUCACCAGGGACCCCACUUUUUGAUUCAGAAGAAGGAGUGCUAGAGCGUUCUCUGUUGUUCCCCACCACUGUUGCUGCAGUUAAUCCAGAGCUUCUAGAGGAGCCACCUGCUCUGUCAUUUUUAUACAAGGACCUCUAUGCAGAAGCAGCAGGAGAGAAGACAAAGGAUGAGACUCCCUCUGAUGAGGAAAGUGGUAAUUCUAAUUCUAGUAGAAAUUCAGACACAGAUGACGGAACGGGAAUAUAUUUUGAAAAAUACAUUCUUAAAGAUGAAAUUCCAAGUAAGGCCAUAGGGCCUCAAAAGUAUCAGAUACCAGAGGAUGAGUCCUUUAGUGGAGGAAUUUCCAUUCAAAGUUCAGAAGACAAGCAGAAGAAGGGAUCUAGAGAUGUUCAGCGUGUCAGAACUGAGGUUCUGCCAGAAAGGGAUGUUGUGGAGAGGGAGAAAGUCCAGGUUGACAGUGACAUUAAAGCAACAAUUUGUAAACCAAUGCAUGCUAUUCCUUUUGGAAGCAAAGUAGUUCUUUCAGGUGGAGGAAGUGAUACUGAACAAAGAGAAGAAGAAAAUGUACCUGUAGAAACAACUGAGGAGUUGCCAGAGCAAUCAAGUCAUCAAGCGUAUAGUCAACUAGUCGAUUAUCAGAGAGACGUGUAUGAAGAAGUUGAUAAGCAAGAAGAACAGCAUGACAUAACAGCAGUUCCUCAAAUGGAAAAAUAUGUCCCAUAUGUCAGGACUCCUGUUGAAGAUAGUGAAGAUGAUCAGUAUAUUCAGGAAAAUCUUUCCUGUGUCCCUACCAUUCAGCAAACAGAGAAGCCAGACCUCCAAAGAGAGGAGCGGCACCCUGAUGUUUAUGAGGAUCUCCCUGAGUCAAUGGACUAUGAUGUCAUUACACAAGAAGAACUUUUGCAAGAUGACAUAUCAUCUCAAUUCACACACGAAGAGCUAUUAUUUGAUGACAGGGACUCUUUUGAGCAUGCUGGUGAUAGUUAUGAAUUUGUUAAUGAGCCAGAGCAAAGAACACCUGCUGAGCUUGAAGAUUCAGGCUUUGUGGUGAUGUAUCCUGAAAAAUCAGCAACAAACAUUCCUCAAGUUGAGAGCCCACACAGAGAACUAAAGAAAGCACAAGCAGACACGUAUUGUUACCACUGCAAAUGCCCAAUAUCUGCUAUUGACAAGCUUUUUGGAGAACAUAAAGACCAUGAAGUCACAACACUAGAUGAUGCUGCAACCAAGAUGAAGGAUCAGUUAAGUGAAUUGCUAAUAGCACUGGAAGAAAAGUCAAUGAAGAUUGAAGCAUUUAUGAGUGAUAUCGAAUCACUAUUUAACUCUGUUGAGGAAAACUGUAAGAAAAAUGCAGAGUUAUUGGAAAAGCAAAAUGAAGAGAUGCUUAAGAAAAUGGUAGCACAAUAUGAUGAGAAAUCAGAGAACUUUGAGGAAGUGAAGAAGAUGAAAAUGGAGUACCUGUAUGAGCAGAUGGUUAACUUCCAGCAAACUGUUGAUUCAGCAAAGGAAGCUCUGGAGACAACAGUAAAAGAAAUGGAAGAACUUGAUGGAUUUGUUUUCCUAAAUUCAUCUAAAGAAUUGAAUAAAAGGUUACUUUCUGCAAUGGAUACUACCCUCUCUUUAGAAAAGAUGCCCAGUGCUUUUUCGCUGUUUGAGCACUACGCUGACAGUCCAGGACAAAGUAACCAGCAGUCCUUAAAACACGUGGCUGUCCCACAGACACCAACUGUCGUACCUCAGGAACCAAACUCAGCCACCAGCACCUCCAUUGCUGUCUACUGGGCUGUGAACAACGGGGAUGCCAUUGAGUGCUUCCAGGUCUACUGUAUGGAGGAGCUGCAAGCCAGCAAAGAUGCGGGCGCUUUGGUGGAAGAGUACAGAGUGACAGUGAAGGAGAGCCACUGCAUUUUGGAGGACCUGGAGCCAGAUCGCUGUUACAGUGUGUGGGUCAUGGCUGUGAAUGGCACAGGCUGUAGCUUACCCAGUGAAAAAUCCAUUUUUAAAACAGCACCCUCCAUCCCCACCAUCAAGGCUGAGGACUGCACAGUGUGUUGGGACACAGCCACCGUCCGCUGGUGUGCCAGCUCAUUGCCAGCGGAGUCCUUCACCCUGGAGUACUGCCGACAGCACUCGCCAGAAGGAGAGGGUCUCAGAUCUUUUGCUGGUAUAAAGAAAUCUGAACUGAAAGUAUCCCUGGAGCCCAAUGUGAACUAUUUCUUCUACUUGAGGGCUGUCAACCCAUUUGGGACAAGUGAACAAAGUGAAGCAGCUCUCAUCUCAACUAAAGGAACUCGAUUUCGCCUACUAAGCGACACAGCUCAUCCCGCUUUGCAAAUCUCCUCCAAUGCAACGGUGAUCCAUCUUCCUGAGAAAACCAAAUUCACUGGGUUUCCUUCAGUCCUGGGUGAGCUGCUGCCAGCUCGGGGAUGUCAUUACUGGGAAAUUGUUGUCUCUGCCUGCAGAAGCUACAGGAUUGGGAUUUGCUACGAGACAAUACCAUGGAGCAAUGUCCUGGGGCUGAGUGAUACCUCCUGGUGCAUGCGGUGCUGUCCUACACAAACCAGCUUUCUUUACAGAUUUUUUCACACUGGUGUGAUGAGUGAUGUCCACGUGACAGAACACCUGUCCAGGAUAGGCAUCCUGUUAGAUUACAGUGGCGGCAGACUGUUGUUCUUCAAUGCAGAGAGAGGACUGGUGCUGUUCACCAUCAGGCACAAAUUCACUGAUGCUGCUCACCCGGCUUUUGCCCUGGAGAAGGCUGGAGAGCUUACUCUGCACACAGGAAUGGAGCUGCCAGAGUUUGUGAAGCACAGCUAAGCCCCUGCUUCACGGUCUCAGGAAAACUGACAGUUACAGUGUCAAGGGAGAGGGAGGGGAAGAGGGAUGCCAUAGAGGGACGUCUAGUCUUCACUGAUGAAUGCUAUGCACACAGCUCUCCCCCACAUCAUCAGUAAUAGUAGUUAGUGCUCAGCCACAUAAUCACCCUGAGCCUGGAGAGAAAAUCUACUCCUUCAGAUGGAACGUGCACCUAUAGAUAUACACAGCCAUACUUUUGACGGGAAAAAUAAGUUUUGUUAGAUAUGAACAUUAAGAGGGGAGGGAAAUGUACUUUCUCUGUGAAAGUAAUGAUAGUGCUAGCUGUCUUUUUAAAGUUGAUGAUGUGUCUGUGUAUGAAAUAAAUGCAUUUCUCACUGCA